GGUGAUGGAACAUAGUUUAUGUAAUACUUCGCACUACCGAAGGGGGGUGACAUAAAAAGCCCAACACUUUCAAACCCAGAAGAGAAUCGUGAAACGUGUGUGUACAAGCAACAGCAGACAACAUUGUUGCUGUAGACGCGCAGUAUUGAUGUUUGACUUCUAUAGCAGCCCGGGUCACGUGAGGAUCCCAGACUUGAAGACGAGCUCGUCGCUGCGUGUCGUCCCGUGUUUGAUCAGAUGUUUGCUACUCGAGUAGGAUGGGCUUUCACACCUGGCGCUGUUUACAUCAGACCUUAAGCGACUUCGGAGCUAGUGUUGUUGUUUAGGCGUUUUAAGUUAGAACGCGAUCUAACGUUAGUAAAAUUAAAAACAGGACGACUGCGGACUUUUUUUUCAUAAUUGUUCCUGAUGUCGGACUGCAGCUCGUCGGGUUCAGAUGAGGAGUUGGACCCGGAGAUAGAGCUGCUGGACGAGCUCGGCGGCACGCUCACUAAGUGGACAAACUACAUUCAUGGAUGGCAGGACCGCUGGAUUGUGCUGAAGGGCAAUAUUCUCAGUUACUACAGGUCAGCAGAUGAGAAGGAGUUCGGCUGUAGAGGGUCCAUCUGUCUCGGCAAGGCUGUCAUCACGCCUCAUGAGUUUGACGAAUGCCGUUUUGACAUCAGUGUGAACGACAGCAUCUGGUACCUGAGGGCUGAACAUCCUUUGCUCCGGCAGCAGUGGAUCAAUACCAUUGAACUUCACAAGGCUGAGUCAGGCUAUGGGUCUGAGAGCAGUUUACGCCGCCAUGGCUCCCUACUGUCCCUCACCUCUGCCGCCAGCGGCCUCUCCACCACCUCCGCAUCCUCCUGCAAGAAGGGAUACAGCCUGCGGGAAAAGCUAGCGGAGAUGGAGACUUUCCGGGACAUUCUUUGCAGACAGGUGGACACAUUGCAGAAGUAUUUUGACAACUGCGCAGAUGCUGACAGUAAAGAUGAGCUCCACAGGGACAAAGUAUCUGAGGAUGAGGAAGACUUUCCAACCUUACGGCCAGAUGGAGAUUAUCUGCUCAACAAUAGCAGCAAAGAGAAAUUAUUCCCUGUGGACAACCUCAAAGGUCCCUUAGGCAUCGAUUUCAAGGGUGAAGCCAUCACGUUUAAAGCUACUACAGCAGGAAUCCUGUCCACACUGUCCCACUGCAUUGACAUUUUGGUCAAACGAGAGGAGAGCUGGCAAAGACGACUUGAUAAGGAAAUCGAAAGGAGAAAACGGGCAGAAGAUGCCUACAAAGCUGCAUUGACAGAGCUGAAGAAGAAGCCUCAUUAUGGAGGACCUGACUAUGAAGAAGGACCAAACAGUCUGAUCAAUGAAGAGGAGUUCUUUGAUGCUGUGGAAGCUGCGUUGGAUAAACAUGACCAGAUCGAAGAGCAAUCCCAGGCAGAAAGGAGCAGGGCAUCUCGACAGAUCUCCCUCACACCAGACACCUGUUCCUCCAUCAGCACUCAGAAAUACUUGACUAAGCCUCGCAGUCAAACUUCCUCCUUAUCCUCCGUUGACCUCAUAAGUGCCUCCGAUGACGUGCACAGGUUCAGUGCUCAGGUUGAGGAGAUGGUGCAGAGCCACAUGAAUUACUCUUUGCAGGAUGUGGGUGGAGAUGCUAACUGGCAGCUGGUUGUUGAAGAAGGGGAUAUGAAGGUGUACAGGAGAGAAGUGGAGGAGAACGGCAUCGUUCUGGAUCCUCUCAAAGCUACGCAUGCUGUCAGACGGGUCACAGGUCACGAGGUCUGCCACUACUUUUGGGACACAGCUUUUCGGAACGACUGGGAAACAACUGUUGAAAGCUUUCAAGUGGUUGAGACACUCUCAGAUAAAGCGGUCAUCAUUCAUCAGACACAUAAGAGGGUGUGGCCUGCUUCCCAGAGAGAAGUGCUUUACGUAUCAGUCAUCCGAAAAAUUCUCUCCACUAAUGAGAAUGAUCCAGACACCUGGCUGGUGUGCAACUUUUCAGUGGAUCAUGACGGCUAUCCACCUUCUGCUAGAUGCAUUCGUGCCAAAAUCAAUGUAGCCAUGAUCUGUCAAACACUAAUCAGCCCACCAGAGGGAGACAAAGAGAUCACCAGAGACAACAUCCUCUGUAAAAUCACAUAUGUAGCCAAUGUAAAUCCUGGAGGUUGGGCUCCUGCAUCAGUCUUGCGAGCCGUAGCCAAGAGAGAAUACCCCAAGUUCCUUAAACGCUUCACCUCAUAUGUUCAAGAGAAGACCAGCGGUGAGGCUAUUCUCUUCUGAACAACACCAGGUUGUUUAAUCUGCAUUCCCAGUUUGCUUUCUGACUCAAAUGAAGAAACGCCUUAUUCACAAUGCUCUACCAUCAGAGAGAGCUGCUCUGCCCAAGUGCUCUUGACACUCUUCUGAAACCUUUUAAAGCCGUAUCCAUACAGGUGCUACACCAACACCAAAAAUGGUACAAAGUCUGUAAAAGCACCUUUUGAAGAGUGCAAACACACUAGAAUAACCAACACAGCCUGUUCAUCUUCAGAAGGCUUUACUUGUUUUUCCGUAAAUGAGCUGCGGCUCAGGUUUUAUUAAAGUAAUUUACAUUUUUGUAAAUAUUUGGUCAGAGUUUGAGGACUAUGGCCUUGAUGAGAUAUACAUAUAUGCUGUAAACUUGAUACCGUGAUCUAAUCCCAACAUCUUCUCAGCUGUACGUGAGCUUUCUCACUGGCCAUUUGUUUUAGGAAGACCCUUUUCUAGCCCCGAUGAUCAAUAGGAUGUCAGGAACUUCAGAUCUUUUGUACAGUUGGUAUCUAAAUGUUUAAGAUUAUUUACAUAUGAAGGCAUUAUACAUCUUGAUUAUUGUAAUUCAUUAAUGUGGCUUUAGGCAAAGUGUACAUUUAUUGGGAAGUGCUUGUAUAAGACAAUAAU